AUGAAGCCUGCAUGGUUGGAGGCUCUGGGCUCCCAGGAAUUCUUCAUCGGCUGCUCCUUCCACGGGAACGCGAAGAAGAACGAGAAGAACAUAUGCUGCUUGGACUGCUGCGUCAGCAUCUGCCCUCACUGCGUAGCCUCGCACCGACACCACAGGCAGGUCAGGCGCUACGUGUACCGCGACGUCGUGAGGUUAGAAGACCUCGACAAGCUCAUCGACUGCUCUAACGUCCAGCCGUAUACGAUUAACAGUUCAAAGGUUGUGUUCCUUAAGAAACGUCCUCAGAGCAGGCAAUUCAAGGGGAACAACACGUGCACCUCUUGCGAUAGGAGCCUCCAAGAGCCCUAUAUUUAUUGCUCUCUGGGUUGCAAGGUCGAUUAUUUGCUGAGGCACGAUGAGGAUAUCUCGCCGUACCUGAGGACAUGCGAGUCUCUACAGCUAGGCCCAGAUUUCUUCAUCCCUAAUGAUGUAUACUGCAGUGGAGAUGAUGAUGCUGUUGAGACAACUCAUUCGACCGUUGUUGAAGGCGACGAGCCCUCGGGCUCAUCGGAUUCAGAGAAUUUCAGCAUGCCACGCACCGUGUUCACACGCGAGAAGGGGAGCGGGCUCUACUUUUGCGCAAGAUCGGCGAGCGGUGCUUCCGAUGAGAAGGUGGUCGCAAACAUGAGCAGAAGGAAAGGCGUUCCGCAUAGAUCCCCGCUGUGUUAAGCUGAGAAAAUUUGACUGCAUCGAUCUAUGUCCCUUUCCUGUUUAAAGUUUUAUGUGAUUCUUUGACCUACUAGUUAAUGUAUAUUUUCCC